GUGUAUUCUGGGUAUUGAGUCGUGAUAAAUUAUGUGGUGGGUGGACAAAUCUGCCCCUUCAAGAUCACCGUAGAAACAUGACCAUAGUAAAUUUUCUUGUGUUAUUUCAAAUGAAAAACAUUUAACGUUCGGGCAAGAUUUAUGACUCUACCAUCUGGUCAACAUCGAAGAAAAAGAAAAGGCAUUUCAACCGACUUCGGCUGCUGGACAACGUUGACUAGCUUAGCUUCACAUACGGGAAAUAAGUGGGGGUGGAUGUUGGCGUUCUCUGGGCCUCGCCGUAAUUAUUAGUAUUUUAACUGGAUAGCUACAACCUCUACCUAUGUGUACUUACACAUGGUUAUGUCUGAAAAUGACAUACAUAAUUAAGUCUAUUCAUAAAAAACCGCUUGAUGGAAUAGAAAAGGACGUCGGACGGCGUAACGUUGGACACUCGGAAGAGUAACUAGCUAGCUUGCAGCUGGUAUCAAUAUUGUUAGUAAGCAGUACAAUACAACAGUUAGCCAGCCAAUUGAGGAAGUGAUCUGUCCGUCGCUAACAAGCCCGUGUUAACUUUCAAUUGAAGAGGGGAAAACCGAACAAGCCAAUGUUAAGAAAUACGUUUAUCAACGAGCUGCCUGAUUUCUACCCAUUUCGCUCAUUUAGCUAGCUAACAAACCAUAUUACAACAUAUUCAAAACUAGCUAGCGCCACAAACAAAGGCUUCUGCUCAGCACCUGCCACGGACUUAUUUCGUCGACGUUCCUGUCUUUUUAAUCAACUGUGUAUCCGGUGAAGGAAGCUGAACCAAUGGAUUUACAAACGGCUGUUUUCAAUGCAGCCAGAGAUGGCAAGCUACGGUUGCUUCAGAAACUUUUGGAGAACAAAAUUGGCCACGAGGUUAUCAAAUUAAUGGCAGAGAAAACCAACGGGGCGACCCCUUUGCUUAUGGCUGCCAGAUACGGACACCUGGAUUUGGUGGAGUAUCUAAUGGAGUGUUGCUCCGCACCCGUUGAGAUUGGGGGGUCAGUGAAUUUUGAUGGCGAGACUAUUGAGGGUGCCCCCCCUUUAUGGGCUGCCUCAGCAGCAGGACACCUGAAAGUCGUGCAGUCUUUACUUGGCCACGGUGCUUCUGUGAACAAUACAACACUCACAAAUUCCACCCCCCUGAGAGCAGCCUGCUUCGAUGGACAUCUGGACAUUGUGAAAUACCUGGUGGAGCACAAGGCAGACCUGGAGGUGGCAAACAGACACGGUCAUACAUGCCUCAUGAUUUCGUGUUACAAAGGACACAAGGAAAUUGCCCAGUACCUCUUGGAGAAAGGUGCUGACGUUAACAGGAAAAGUGUUAAAGGUAACACGGCAUUACAUGACUGUGCUGAAUCUGGCAGCUUGGAGAUAAUGAAGAUGCUGCUAAAAUAUGGUGCCACCAUGGAGAGGGAUGGUUAUGGAAUGACCCCACUACUGUCCGCUAGUGUGACGGGCCACACGAACAUUGUUAACUAUUUGACUCAACACCAGCAAACACGCCAGUUGGAGAGAAUAAACGCCUUGGAACUACUUGGUGCCACUUUUGUGGAUAAAAAGCGUGAUCUUCUUGGGGCAUUAAAGUACUGGAAGAGGGCCAUGGACCUGAGAUACAGGGACGGCAACAAUGUUCUCCACAAAGCACACCCAAAGCAGUUGAUCAUGGCCUAUGACCAUGCCAGGGAGGUAAGUAACGAGGAGGAGCUAGACAGCUUGAUCUCUGAACCAGAUGAGAUGAGGAUGCAGGCCUUGCUCAUUAGAGAGCGCAUCCUAGGCCCCUCCCACCCCGACACCUCUUACUACAUCCGCUACCGGGGCGCUGUAUAUGCCGACUCUGGGAACUUUGAGCGCUGUAUCAAUCUGUGGAAGUACGCCUUGGACAUGCAGCAGAGCAACCUGGACCCCCUCAGCCCCAUGACAGCCAGCAGCCUGCUGUCCUUCGCUGAGCUCUUCUCCUUCAUGCUCCAGGACCGCGCCAAAGGCCUGCUGGGCACCUCAGUCUCCUUCGAUGACCUCAUGGGCAUCCUCAGUAAGAGCGUGCUGGAGAUUGAGCGGGCGGUGAAACAGAACCUGCCUGACCCGGCUCAGCUCAGCAAGGCCCUCUCCAUCAUCCUGCAUCUCAUCUGCCUGCUGGAGAAGGUCCCCUGCACCGUGGAGCAGGACCACUUGAAGAAGGAGACCAUCUACAGGUUCCUCAAGCUGCAGCCCUGUGGGAAGAAUGGCUACAGCCCGCUCCACCUGGCCGUGGACAGGAACACCACCUGCGUGGGCCGCUAUCCUGUCUGUAAGUUCCCCUCUUUCUACGUCACCUCUAUCCUACUGGAGUGUGGGGCGGACGUCAACUUCCGCGACGAGGACAACAACAGCCCCCUGCAUGUGGCCGCUUCCAACAACCACCCAGACAUCAUGAACCUGCUUAUUGCCUGCGGCACGCACUUUGACAGCACCAACUCCUUGAAGCAGAUGGCCUGUGACCUGCUGGACGAGAAGGAGAUGGCCAAGAACCUGAUCCAACCCAUCAAUCACACCACCCUGCAGUGUCUGUCUGCGCGGGCCAUCGUCAAACACAGCCUUUCCUACAGAGGCAACAUCCCAGAGAAGCUGGAGGCCUUUGUGCUUCUCCACAGAUAAUGGCUAUUAAAGACGUGUGAGUGGAGUGCGAUCCUGCUCUUUUGAUCAUAUUGAAGUCGGGGAUGAAUGUCACGUGAACAACUUCGCUUC